UGCCUCCAUUUGUCCGAGAACUGCGACAUUUUUCCAGCGAAAAUUACCAGUUUUCUUUCCCUACAGAGGAUUUUUUUCAGAUAGGAAGCUUAAUCUGGCUGUCAAUCAUUAUGAGGAAAAUAAAAAUACUUUUAAUGGCUCUGAUCAGUGUGCACCUAUAAAGAAAUCGACGAUGACUGGCUGUCGUGCCUGCAGUAACGUUUCAUAUCAGCGUGCGCCUGUGACGACUGCUGGUAAAAAGAGGGCGGAGUUCAGUGACAAGUUAGAAGGCGGUCCUUCUCUGCAGGAUUUCAUUAUAGCUUCAAACCAAACAGAAAAUGUCUCAAGUGGUGAGGACCUCAUUCCAGAGACGGUUCCUUAUCUUCAGAGGAGUUCAACUGAAGCAGUGAACCGAAAAGUGUAUUUUGAGACUUACGGUUGUCAGAUGAAUGUGAAUGACACCGAGAUUGCAUGGGCCAUCUUACAAGAGAAAGGCUUUCAGAAAGUGGACAAUGUCUUAAAGGCGGAUGUUAUCUUGGCUGUCACGUGUGCCAUCCGGGAGAAUGCGGAGCAGAAAAUCUGGAACCGACUGGAGUACUUCCAAGCGCUGAAGAGACGGCGGCGGAAAAACCAGCCCCCUCUGAAAGUAGGCCUCUUGGGCUGUAUGGCUGAGCGGCUGAAGAAGGAGAUUUUGGAGCGAAGCAAGAUAGUGGACAUCGUGGCUGGUCCCGACGCCUACCGAGACCUACCCAGGCUGCUCUCCGUGGCCCACUCGGGGCAGGCCGCCAUCAACGUCAUGCUAUCCAUGGACGAGACGUACGCCGACGUCGUGCCCGUCCGACUGAGUCAGGAUUCUAAGUCAGCGUUCAUUUCUAUCAUGCGAGGGUGUGAUAACAUGUGCAGCUACUGCAUCGUCCCGUUUACACGAGGCAGAGAGCGGAGCCGGCCCAUAACCUCCAUCCUAGAGGAAGUCAGGAUUCUCUCUGAUCAGGGAGUGAAGGAAGUGACGCUGCUCGGCCAGAACGUCAACAGCUACCGGGACACCUCUGAGGCGAUGCACUACGGGUCGGAUGCAGCCCCCGAAGCUGCCACCUCCGAUGGCUCCGCCCACGAUGGCUCCACUCGUCUGGCCAGGGGCUUCCGCACCAUCUAUAAGCCCAAGCAGGGCGGGCGGCGCUUCGCCGACCUUCUGGCCCGUGUCGCACAGGUGGACGCGGAGAUGCGGGUGAGGUUUACCUCCCCGCACCCGAAGGACUUCCCGGACGAGGUGCUGCACGUGAUCCGCGACUGCCCCAAUGUCUGCAAGCAGGUGCACCUGCCAGCUCAGAGUGGCAACACAGAGGUCCUGAAGAGGAUGCGUAGAGGCUACACAAGAGAGGCUUACCUGGAUUUAGUGGAUCACAUCCGGAGCACCAUUCCGCAGGUAUCCCUUGGCAGCGACUUCAUCACAGGGUUUUGUGGCGAGACAGAAAUGGAACACGAAGACACCUUAUCGUUGCUGCGAUCGGUCCGCUACAACUACGCCUUCCUCUUCGCCUACAGCAUGAGAAAGAAAACCCACGCCUAUCACCGGCUCCAGGAUGACGUGCCGGAGGAGGUGAAGCAGAGACGGCUGCGGGAGGUCAUAGCGCUGUGCCGGGACGGCAUGGGGGAGGCCAACGCGGCCCAGCUGGGCCAGCGACAGCUGGUGCUCAUCGAAGGGGUCAGUAAGAGGUCUGACAAGGAUCUUGUGGGACGAAAUGAUGGCAAUAUUAAAGUUGUCCUUCCCGAUACCAAAGUUCUGAACUGCCUGAAGAGUGAUGCCUCCGAUUCCUCGUCAAUGAAACCAGGCGACUACGUCGCAGUCCAUAUCGACAGCUGCAACUCCCAGGUUCUGAAGGGAACGCCUCUGUACCACACCACGCUGAAGGAGUUCCACCGCACGGAGGAUGUGUCAGCAGUGGGAACUUACAGCUGACCUCCCGAGUUGGCUUACCCGGUCAUCAAACGAUCACUUCAUGGCCCACAUUGUUGUUUUUAAUCGAGCAUAUGCACAACCCAAACUGAGACACAUCACCUCCCACAAGAUGUACCCCCUACCUCCAAAUCAAAGACCUGUAAAAUGGCCUACCUUGGUUAUAAAAAUUAGACAGAGGUUUAGAAAAAGGAGGGUGGUGCUAAGUCCUUCAGGAGAGGAGGGGAAUGAAAAGUUUUUUGUUCUGCACGUCAGCCGUCCUCAAUUCCGUCAGCCACCAGCCAUCUUCCAUUUUUGAAAGUCAUCACACAAUUUUAGUUUUUCCACCCGGUUUGCGUGAGAGACCUGAGUGAUGAGCACUCGUCAUUUUGUUUGCGGGCAUUAAAAUCCUCCCCCUCUUCUUUGAAAAGGAAAAAAAAAUUGAUCACAUCAUGGUCAGGAAAUGUAGGUCAGUAGUCUCAAUGGAAAAAUGAUUAUAACUUUGGAAAACCCCGCAAAGUAGGUUUAGUCAUCGGUGCAAGUACGAGCAUCGCUUUGCCAGCUUCGAUUUCAUGGUCCAAUGUUUAUGUUAUUUACCCAAGCGUACCAGCAUUUUUCCACCACCUUACUUCACAUUUUACGUUCUGUUUUUUUGGUUUUGACUUCAUCCCGACAAGGGGGCAUGUAUAUGCCUCAUUUUGGUAUGUCUCGUGCUGGUUUGUCUAAAAGUGUAGAAUUUCCGCCUGAGAGGGUGUUAAAUUUCCUGCCCAAAUAAAUAUCCACCUUUUUACUGCAGCUCGGCUGCCACACGCUUGUUCCAUCGGAGACUCUAACCUGAGCGUCCAAAGGUCCCUCUUGUGCCAACACCAUAAAUUUUACGGCUCUAUAAAUCCUUCCUUCCGAACCAAACAGUGGCAAAUGUUUUUAUUAGGGUGUGCGAAUAUGGCCCAAAGUGCGAAGUUGAUAAAUAUUGCUGCCGAUAUUUUUUUUCGUCGAGAAGGAGGGAAGGGGGGGGCCCUCGGGUGACCCCAGCAGUCUGCCUAGACACAGGAAACAUCAUCUUCGUAAAAUGGAGGGAAAUGUCCCCACUUGGUAUACAUUGUUUUUUUAUUUGUCUGUGUUCUUGCUUCCCAUAGUCGGUGAUCUUGUGCUUGUUCAGCUGUCCCAACUCCUGUUUCUUCCCUAGACAUGGCGUGGAGUGGGCCUCGGCAUUCACCCACUGUCAGACCCUACGCAGCUGAAACAAUAGCCGAGCAACCGUGAACCGCAUAUCUGAUCUUGAGGUUUACGAAUUUUAUACAGCAUCCAGUGUUGUAGAUUUAAUGAGUUUAGGAGAUCGUUUUUUUUUUCUAGAUGACUGGCACCGUUUUUUUUAUCACAAAGAAAAGACUACAGUAAUAUUGGAGCUCAUCAAAUAUAAAUGUUACGAUAUUUACAAUUGACUCCAAACAUAUUUGUCGUUCUGCUGUGCCCGAAGGCCUGCGGCUGCCGCAUGGUGCACGUUACUCGGUUUCCGCUGUCGAGGAUUCAGUAUGGAAAUUAAAGUCCUUGUAGAUUUUCGCAAAGUUGAUAAGUAAAAUUAAACAAUGGAAGUCAGCUCGGUUCAUUGAAGCUUGAGAAAAAAUGGGGGAUCUAGGUAAUAAAUGCUGGUUGGUUACGUCCAAAUACAAGUACUCCGUGUAAGAGAGGGACAGAGUCCGGAUAUCAGGAGAGCGCUGCGUGACGGUCGGACGGUGGGACAACACUCGGGAAGUGGAAAGGUAGUCUCGCGGACCCUUUUAGUCAUUUUUUUUGUGUCAACACGAGUGCACGCGCUCCCCUCUCGACUUCACGGUUAUUAAUUGUCAGAUGAAUCGAGAGAACCCGGCGGGCCCGGAGAGUACAUUUCCGGGGGAGGGUGCGAGCUGAGAAUAGUUUGGCGGCUCAGCAGGGUGGUCGGGAGGGAUGGAGAAAUAUGCGGGGGUUUUGUUCCAACUAUCACCGGUUAUCGGGAAUCCUCGGGAAAAUGUUAGCGAGCGGUGAAUUGCUACCUCGUCAGAAGGCAACAUACUGUCCGUAGACUCGAUGCAGAGAAGGUUUAAUGUUUGCCCAUGUUGGUUUUGUUUGUCUAGUAUAAAAUCUCAUGUUUGCCCAACAAACUAGUGUUUGCUUUGACUUUACAGUCACCGCGUGGACUGAGGAUCAAACUGUGAUUGGCUCAUUAAUUCCACCAAUCAGUGCACGUGUACCGUAAACGUCGACUCGGAGUGUCCACACCAUUGGUGGAAUUUAACUGGCAUGCCCUGGCCCGGGGUCUGCGAGAUUUAUCGCCUCGGUCUCUCGCCCAGGGUCCCGUCCGUAGAGAUGUUCAGGGUAAUAGUAAACGUACACGGAGUGAAUGCGCUCCUCAUCUCAAGUACUGGACGUAAUUUGAGACUGCCAGCAGAUUCAAUUGUACACCAAACCUUGUGUCCAUACUGGUUUUAUUGCGUCAGCCGUGUUUGCUAUCUGUGUGUGCUUUGCGUGGUUGUCCGAUAGGGGGUCUUAUUGACCUUAGCCUCGCGUCAUCCUUUAAUGCUGGUGGCACGAUGAUGGCGGCCGUAAUAAUUGAAGGCGUGCUUUCUCGAGCGUGGCCUGAAAUUAUGGUAGCCCUUUGAAUUAUGAAUGAAACUUUACUCUCGAAUUAAUGCAAAACUGGUCGACCAUUGUGCCUGUGGUGGAGCAUUUUGACCUUGGAGCUAUGAAACGAUAAUUUCCCUUUGGUACUGAAGCCGGUUCUCGAUGAACAUUUUAACUUCAAGGGGCUUCGUUCACAGUUUUGUCGUUUAAUGUCGCCUGAACCCAUGGCUGUAUUUUUUUUAUGUCAAACAAGAAAUCAGUGAGAGGCAGCAUUUCAGGCCAAGUCUGCGCCACAGAAGAGGGAACUUUGAUUGAAAAAUUAAGAACAGUAUUGACCGUUAUAGUAGUUCACUUUGACAUUUUGACGAGGAACGUGACCGAAUAAAAACGAGUGACUGCUUGUUUGUUCCUUCAA